UCUGAACUCGGUGUCUUUAUUUACUUGCCGAUGGCUCUCUUUUCUCGCUCCGAGUCUCGAUGUGCGCAGAAAGGAGGAACAUGUCCGCCGUGCAGCUGCUGCGGGUGUCGGUACAUGAGCGGAUCAACGCUGCAGCUGAAGACUUUCUGCUGCAGGUGGAGAAAGGAGGAGAAACGGCUCAGGUCCCGUCGCUGAGGGCGAUGCUCACCGAGCGGCUAACGGUGGCGGCUGAGGAGAUCCUCACGUUGCUUGAGGAAACCGUGACAGAGUACGAAGACAGAGUGGAGCAGUCAGAGCUGGAGAUCUGCCGCCAGAGGAGGCUGCUCGAUGCCGUGAUGAAGCCCGAGGUCCGGCUGCACAGAGCAGACAUCCUGCAACUGGUGGUGAGUAAAGAAGAGGUUCCCUCUGAGCAGCAGCAGUGGAGCUCCCUUGUGGACCAGGAGGACCCAGAGCCCCUCCACAUUAAAGAGGAACAUGAGGAACCGUGGACCAAUCAGAAGGGAGAGCAGCUUCAACAACUGGCGGAGGCUGAUAUGAAGUUCACGUUGACUCCUGUCACUGUAAAGAGUGAAGAAGACGAAGAGAAACUUCUGUUGACACAGCUUCAUCAGACUGAGGAGGACAGUGCAGACUGUGGAGGCCCAGAACCAGCAAGGAACUCAGGUCCUGAUGGACAUUUACAACCAGGUCCUGAGGACAAGACUGAAGACUCCUCUGGGACUGAAAACUCUUCUGAGACUGAAGUCAGUGAUGAUGAUGGUUGGAUGGAGACCAGGGAACCUCUGUCUGGUUUAAAUACAACAAAUAACAAACAGCCUCUAAGCGACAUGAGAUGUAAAACUGAUGAGAAAUCAUUUAGUUGCUCUGAGUGUGGUAAAACAUUUAACCGAAACUACAAUCUGAAGAAACAUAUGAGGGUUCAUACACGAGAGAACCCCUUUAGUUGUUCUGAGUGUGGUAAAAGCUUUAGACAUGAAACCUACCUAACUACACACAUGAGAAGUCAUACAGAAGAGAAGCCCUUUAGUUGCUCUCAGUGUGAUAAAAGAUUUUCCCAUGAUUGUUACUUAAAGCGUCAUGUGAGAAUUCAUACGGGAGAGAAACCAUUUAGUUGCUCCGAGUGUGGUAAAACAUUUAGACUAAAGGGCUUUCUAACACAACAUAUGAUAAGUCAUACAGGAGAGAAACCAUUUACUUGCACACAGUGUGGUAAAACAUUUCGUAAUAGGGGCAUUCUAAAUAUUCAUGUAAGGAGUCAUACAGAUGAAAAACCCUUUAGUUGCACUCUGUGUGGUCAUACAUUUAGAGCAAUUGCUGGUUUAAAGAGACAUAUGACAAGUCAUACAGGAGAGAAACCAUUUAGUUGCUCAGUGUGUGAUAGAAAAUGUAAUGAUAAGAGCAAGAUAACUGAACAUAUGAGAAUUCAUACAGGAGCGAAACCAUUAAGUUGCACUGAGUGUGGUAAAACAUUUAGAUAUAAGAGCCUUCUAAAUCGACAUAUGAGGAGUCAUACAGGAGAGGAACCCUUAGGUUGCACUUAGUGUGCAAAAAAAUGUAACAGUACGUCCAACAUUAUAUAUAUAUAUAUAUAUAUAUAGCAUUCAUCUGUUUCUCAAGUGACUAUAAAACUAAUAAGUUCCCAGUUUGAUUUAUUUAGUACACGAGCAAUAUAAUUUUUUCCAUCAUAUUAUUUUCAGUAUCAUGUGCAAGACUCCUUAACAUUUCCACUUACUGCAACUUUUGUUUAGUAUCUUUCUUUCUCAUAACAUUCGUAACAUUGUUAUUUUAUUUUUUGAUGAGGUUAUUACUUAUCUCUUCAAUGCUGUAACUGUUGUAAGGCAGUGUUUGUCUCAUCCAGGUCUUUGUAAGAGCGGGUGGGCACCUCUGAGGAUGUGGUCCAUGGUCUGGGGAGUCUCACCACAGGGGGCUUGGUGUUGAUUCCCCUCUUUUGCCCUGGUUGUUUCUACUUUUCCUUCCUGGGAAAGACUCUCCCACCAAUGACCUGACUUUUAUCUUUGACAACUCCGUGUAAGCCCCUGCCCAGACUGCUAGGAACAUGGGUGUGACACUCGACAGUCAACUCUCCCUUACUGCAAACAUUACUGCAACAACGUGUUCCUGUAGAUACAUCCUGCACAACAUCAGGAGAAUAGGUCCCCUUCUCACUCAGAAGGCAGCGCCGGUUCUGGUUCAGGCUCUGGUCAUCUCACACCUAGACUAUUCCAGCUCCCUCCUGGCAUGUCUACCUGCUAGUGCCAUCCAACCUCUGCAGCUCAUCCAGAAUGUAGCAGCUGAACUGGUCUUUAACCUACCUAAAUUCAAUCACACUACUCUGUUCCUCCACUCACCUCACUGGUUACCAGUAGCUGCCCGCAUCCGUUUCAAAACAGUACUUUUUUCAACGGAUUGGGUCACGUCUGCAUCCAGGACGUGGUCAAACUUCCCACCCCAGCCUGUUCACUCCCCUCUUCACCUGCCAAUCGGCUUAUUCCUCUCUCACUGUGAGCUAACCACUCGUCAAAAUCACGACUGUUUGCUGUCCAGGCUCCUAAAUGGUGGAACGAGCUCCCCAAUGACAUAAAGACAGCAGAAAUCUACACAUCUACCACUGCAGACUAAAGACAUUAUACCUUGGAUUGAAACAAUUUAAGGAUUCAGUUUAGCAGCACUGAUAUGGCACUUACAUAUGGCACUUUGUAGGUUUUUUUUGUCUUGAAGAAAAUUUUUACUUUCUUGAUUAUUGUUCUGGAUUUGUACCAUCAUGGUUGAAUGCACUGAUUGUAAGUUGUUUUGGAUAUACGGGUCAGCUAAAUGAAAUGUAAUGUAAUGCGAUUGCACUCUUUAGGUUGCUGCUGGUGUCAGAUGCAUGCUCUUCACUGUUUUUAAGCUUUUGUGGGAUUUUAAACACUCACAGUACCUUGAAUUCUUUAAUUCAGUCAAGUAUUUAGACCCAUGUUGUUCGACCUGAUGUAAA